AUAGUAGGAAUUGGUUAAGUAAGAACUGGCACGGAGGGCUAUGCUGAUGUAGCUGCUACAGCAUGUGGGAUAUAUAUCUGGAAACUGCAAUCCUGCAUCAUCUGCUGCUGUGAGUCAUGUGGCGCUACAUGGACAGCAGCAAAACAGGUACAUGCCUUAAGAUGGAAGAGAAUUUCCAGCUACCUGUCUUAUGCAUCACCAAAAUGUAAAAGAUUAUACAAGUGCAUCGUUCCCUUGCUGUCCAGAGCUAAACAGUCUGCAGGACACUGGUUGUUUGGCUGGUCAGACUAACAGAGGAUCUUUGGCCCUGGCUGAUGACCUCAAGGCAAAACCGCUGUCUGAAGAGAAGAGAGACUUGGACAAAGAAUCUAUGUUAAAAGCAUUCAAAAAUACUGCUGCUGAUCGGCAGUUUAACCUUGAAGCUGCGAUUAAAAAUGUUGACAAAAUGUCCAAUGAGCUGAAGAAACUAAAUGUGGAAAGCCAGCUACUGCUUUGUGACCUUAUUUUGAAUUUCAACCAUCCUAUGAAGAGCAAAGAUUUAAGAGAAGCUGAAGAAAAAACUUGGAGUUUGACAGAAAAGUAAUAACAUCCAUUUUCAUGCAUCGUCUUCUAUUAAUACUGUUUCAGUUUGAACUGUAAAAUGAUAGUAUGGUUUCCUGCAGUUAGGCUAUUUUUAUUUUAAACUGAAAAUGUGGAGUGGAAAAAUGCUAUAAGUAGGUUAUUGAUUUUGAGAGGGGUUUUUUAACCCAAAUUUCCCAAAUUAAGACCACUAGGACUGGAAAGACUGAUAUGAUUAACUAGAAAGGUCAGGAAACUGGGCAUGAAGUUUUUCGCAUGUUGUUGUCUCCUUUUAAACAAAGACAUAUUGGAACAGUAACAAAAGAUUUUAAGUUACUUCAAGUCAAGUCAUUGUUCUCUUAUCUCAGUUGUGCUCUGGAAAAUGGGAUAAGAAAUGGUCAGUAAAGGAGGAACUGCAACUUGCCAUUUGAUCUGCCUUCCUCAUUCUAAAAACGUUGCUGAGGAAGGGGGCCAAAUAGCAGGUUACUUCUGGAAAACCGGAAGUACUUUCAUUCUAGUUUCUGGAGUGACUUUCUUAGCUACCAAAGAAAGAGAGUUAGUGGUCUAAAUACUCUAUGCUGAGAUGUUCUUGGCCCAAAAUAUGAGUAGUCAGUAUUUUCAUGUAGUUCAUUACAAUUAAUAUUUAAUCAUACUUUACUUGUGGACAUGUUUGAAUGUUGAG